AUGGCCUGCAGUCAAUUCGAUAGAGUUGCGGGAAUUCUUCGGAGGGCGACAUACACCAAUGAUACGAGGGAAAAAAUUGAAUGCCUUCAUCAAGUAAAGGAAUUGAUUAUAAACUAUGAUCGGUCUUUGCUUGAUAGCUUCUUUGAGGAAGUCGUUGCCUUUCAGCACUAUCAAAACAAUGAGUUGAGGCGAUUUGUCAUAAAGUUUAUUGAGGAGGCAUGUAUAGCAGACGGGAGCCUCAUUGUAAAAUCCAUUGCCUGUUUGUCCCAUCUAUUCAACUUAUCGCUUCAUUCUGAUCCACCGUUUUCGGGCAUCAUACGAACUAUUAUCGGGACAAUGAAAAUGAUCUACAGUCGGUCUCUCACUCGAGCUGUCAAGUGCGGAGUCAUCGAAUCGGGUGCCAUGACCGGCGGUGGUAUUAAGUCUGGUUCCUUAGCUGACACUUCUCUCGAAACUUUUCGUGCUGUUGUUGUUUUUAAGGACGAAAUAAUCCGAUUGCUUCUUCCCUCCUCUGUGCCGGUUAUGCCGGGCAGUGCUGUCACUCCACCCCCACCCAGUAUUUUGACACGUCUCUGCGCCAACCUCAAUGAUGCUGCUCGCGUGGAUAUCAUCAAAUUCAUUGAGGCCGUUAUCAUACAACAGUCCAGACGGACUCCUAAUUCUGAGACCCUUUCCCACCCCACAGAACUCACUCUAGACCAAAUUCCUGACUUGCCUAACAGCUUGCUGAAGAGCAUCGUAAAUGCGAGUACGGCGUCAUCCUCGGUCAAUCCGCUACCGGGGAUUUGUCUCGUUCGUCCUCGACGCUUAUCAGACGAGGCUGAACGACUUCUUUCCGGCCUGACAAUGCUGCCUCUGAAGCAGGGAGACGACAAUGCUCUUCGAUCCAUUGUCACCAGCAUAGUUUUCGAUGCUCUUAUUGAUACUGUUGUCAGUAUUGCUCGUCAACGUCCGCAAUUUUAUAAUGAGGCUGUGCAGUCCUUUGAAACCAUCCAUGUAAAUCUCCCACCACACUUCACUCAGGCACAAGUCAAUUCGGCGCGAAGGAAGUUGAAGGCGGCACUUCUCUGUCUUCUUCAGCAUUCUGCCACUAACACAGGGUACCAGAGUCGAGUGAUAAUUCUUCUCACGGAUCUGGGUGCCACUCAACAGGAGGUUGCCCUCUGCCUUCCUCAACUUUUUCCAACCGCAUCAUCCGCAAACAAACGUGGUCAUAUUGAUUCACUGUCCAGAGGCCAAUCUAACCUUGGGAACGAGGAGGAAGAUGAUGAGGAAGAAGAGAGGAAAACAGUAAGGGUUGCUAAACGGCCUCGCAUCGACUCUGGCUCCUCCACUAUCGCUGCCUCCACCUUCGUCGUCUCGUCCAACAAGGAAGCGAUUCCCAGCAUUGAGGAUAUCACCACUUGCCUCGUGCCAAAGCUGACCACCGCUAAUGUGGCGGAUUUGGUUCUUCUCAGCAUGGUCACUCUUCCAUCCCGUAUGCCGGCGGCGUUCGAUGCCACCUACACACCUAUCGCUGCGGCAGGAACCGCUACUCAAGUGCGUCACUUGGCCCGUCUGCUGGCUGCUCAGCUUGUCGUUUGGGUGACCGAUGCAGCUGGUGAGGAGGGAGUGAAUCGCGAGAAUUGCGCGUUGCUUAGUCAGUUGAUGGCGGAUAACGUCACCGAAAAGGGCGAAGACAGUGGUGGCGGUGGGGUUGGUAGUUGCGGUGGUGGUGAUGACGACGAAUCUGUGAGCAGAAAGGCUGUCCCUAGGUCAGCCAAACGGAAUAGCGAGAGGAUUGACGAGGAUGACGAAGCUGCUUUCAUGAAGGAGCAUGCAGCUAGAAUGCACACCACCAUCAAGCCGAUGAACAUCAGCGUCGUGCGGGGCGCAGUCUCAGCGGGAGAGAGCACUCCAUCGGUACCUAUGACCUUCAAUCCCUCGCUACCACAGGCCUCCCUCCCCUCCUCCACUGGUGCUGUCCAAACUCGGCCGUUCUCCCUCGACGCCGUGGUGGCUCCUCUACCCGCCCAGUUGCGUCAGAGUAUGGCACGAGAUGCCUUCUCACGUAUCCUCGCCUUUGAAUGUGCCUCGCAUAGUCGUACAGCCGCGGAGGAGUCCACCAGGGCAGUAUCAGUGCACUCCGACUUGACUCCCCGCGAGGCGGCUCGUGUGAAACUCCUCUGUCGUCUGCCCCCCAUUAGACGCCUCUCCUCGAGUUACCUCUACCCUCUUCUUAUCACUCACGCAAUGGAGAACCCAAAGGAGGGUUUUGAGCUCCUUGCAAAUCUUCUGAUGCAUGAGUACACCGCAUUUCGCGGCUUCCGGCUUUCUGGUGCAUUUGAAAAUGCUCUGACGAGCACCAAAAUCAAGGCAGAAGACGGGGAAGGCGGAUACAGCGACGAAGAAGACGCUGACGACGAAGAGGAUGGUGCAGACGAGGCGCGACGACUCUUAUUGGAAUCACAGCGACAGUUGAUGGCUCUGCGAGCCCGCGAAGGUGUGGAGGUCGUAGGCGAGACGCAGGAGAUUCAGGUAGGGUGCGAUUUAGCUGACGAAGAGGAAAAAGGAGACUGUGACUUAAGGACGAUGGCGGCGACGACCACCGCUACCUCGGUCUCCAUCGCCUCGGCUGGAGAUGGCAUGCUUCAGGACUUCGGCUCCCUCGCUAUCUACGAUGCCCUCUUCACGGAGAUUCUCACUCGCUUCGUGGAUUCCGGCGUCAAGUCUCCGUAUUUUGGUCGACUAUUGCUUGAGGCCCCGCUUCUGACUGCGAACGCGAUCAGAGUAUUGAAGCGCUACUGCACACUUCCCGACCACGCCACAUUCGGAUUUCAGGUGCUUCGCUCACUGAUCGAGCUGAGGCCGACGCAGAGACGUGAGGAGUUGUUGGACCUCCUCUUGGGGUUCUGUGCCUUCGAAGAAUCCACCGUUCGCAGAGCCGCCCUCAAAGCUACCUCUCAGUUGGCUGAUUCGCACCCGCGGUGGGAGAAACUCGUUGAGGAUCGUGCGAUCGAGCGUCUGAAGCACAUCCUCCAGCCCCAGCCUACAGCCGAGAUGUUCUUGGGUCUUCUGACCAAACCACCACUGCUCACCUCUCAGUGGACUGACGAGACGUGUCAACUCUGUGCACACCUAUUCCUCGGUCUCAUGCCUCGCAAUCCGGGCAAACUGCUUUUGACUCUGGCGGAGAUCUACGUCGCUGCUAGCGACAGCGUGCGCCGCUGCCUUCUUCGUCUCAUGGAUACCUCGGCAAGUCUCCACACGCGCAUCUGCGAAAUCGGUCUGCACUCGCCACACCUUCUUCAUCUCCUCGACAACUGUCCGUCUGGGGCAGAGACCCUCGUCACACGCAUGAUUCACAUUCUCACUGAUCCGAGAACGGCCUUUGCUCAUGCAUCAGUAGCACCGCCACCGUCGCCACCCCCCUCCGCAGGCCCCGUCACGAAGGCAUCGACGCAGCCAGCAAGCCCCCAUGCUUAUGCACCUGCUUCUCUUAAUAUCCCCAUUAUGCCUCCACCGGCUUUGGUGGAACGCGUGCGUCGGCUGUAUCGCGAGCGCAUUCGCGAUGUGCGUUGCCUUAUCCCGGUGAUUGUGGGCCUUACCAAACAGGAGGUGAUUGCGGUGCUGCCGCAGUUGGUACAGCUGAAUGAAAAGGUCGUGAAGGAGGUCAUUAGCCGCCUUCUCCAUGCCAGUGUGGCCACUCAACCGGCUCCCGAUCCGCGUGCUGCGGAAAUUGCGUCGAAAGUGGUCUCGAAGGAGGCUGCAGUUGUGGGACCAGUGACACCAGAGGAACUUCUCGUGGCGAUCCAUCUUCUCGAAUUCGUCAAAGACCCCAAUGCCAUCCCGGAGCAACCCUCUAAGAAGCCGUACGUGGAGAUCCGAGUGAUACUUCAGGCCUGUUUGCACUGCUUCGCCGAGCGUGCGCUCUACACGCAGGAGCGUUUGUCGGCGGCUAUCGGACAGCUGCUCGACCGUCCGGUGGUGCCGACACUCUUCUUACGCACCGUCAUGCAAGCAUUGGCUCUUUACCCUCGCCUUACUGGCUACGUCAUCAACGUCCUCUUUCGUCUUAUCCAGAAGCAGGUGUGGAAGAGCGAGGUUCUGUGGGAUGGUUUCAUUCGUUGCUGUGUGAAGACGCAGCCGCAGAGCUACCAGGUGCUACUUCAGUUGCCACCACAGCAGCUGCAAUCCGUGUUCACUCGAGAGCCGAACUUGCGCACUCAGGUCCGUCGUUACGUGGACAAUUUCUCCUCUGCUCAGCGCACUCACAUCUCUCGUGGCGUUUUUGAAAUGUUGGAACGCGAGGUGUCUCCGCUGCAAUCGUCCUCUUCUGAGGCAGCGCCAGUAGCAGCAGCUGCAACGAUGACCACAAGGGAGGGUCAGCAGGAGGUGGGAGCAGAGACGAAAGCGGACGAUGUGGCUUCCUCCGGUUCGGCCACUCCGCUUCGUGACGAGGUCCUCCAGGCGAAGACUCCCAGUCCAGUUGCAGCCGAAGGAGCAGUAGAGGGGAAGGAGUUGGCACAGAGUGCGAAGCAAGGGGAGGCAGAAGAAAGGCAGUUUGAGGAUGAGCUGGUGGCAAAGCCUUCCUGUACCACUGAGACUGGAGAGCACUAG